AUGAACAACUUUAUGAAAUUAUUCGCUGUUUUUGUCUUGUUUGUCCAAAUCCAAAUAGCCUUGUCUCAAUCAAAUGUGUCUCCUCCAGGAACUAAUCUUAUACAACAACUCUGCAAAAGCAACCGUUAUCAAACUCUAUGCGUCUCUACUCUUAAUCUUGAUCCUAGAAGCAAAACCUCCGAUAUCCAAGGGCUUGCGUCGAUCUCUAUCGAUGCGACGACGAAGAAAGUGAAAGAAUCGUUAGAUUACCUCACCUCCGUCUAUAAGAAAAUUGGAGGAGGUGGCCGUGGAGACUACGAGAGAUACGGAACUUGCAUGGAGGAGUACGGUGCGGCGGCUAAUAGGUUUUUACCGGCAGCUUUGGCUGAUCUAAAGGCUAAGAAGUAUUCUCUGGCGAUGUCUGACAUGAAACAAGUUGUGUCUGUCCCUGGUAUUUGUGCGGACCAGUUCGCUGGAUAUUCUCCGUUGCCGGUUACCCAACGUAACAAAGCCGUGCAUGAUAUCGCCGAUAUGACUGCUGACAUCAUCAAAACUUUUGUCAAAUAG